UUGACGCGCGCGUUGCCCAAUCAGCUUCUGUGACGUAACAGGAAGCGGAAGUAUUUUGGUCUACUCUUCCCAGUGUUGUGUUGACUUGAGAAGAAAAAUAAAACGUUGGAUUAAUCUAAAACAACUGCAGAACAUUACUGUUCCACUCGCACAGUUCUCAAGUCAAAGAAAUAAGUCUGAACAGUUACCAACAAUCUGAAUCAGUCAAUGGGAUAACGCUGAAAAUGUUUAGCUUCGAGGGCGAGUUCAAGACAAGACCCAAGGUAUCACUUGGAGGAGCAAGCAAGAAGGAGGAGAAAGCAUCUUUGCUGCAUCGCACUCAAGAGGAAAGACGGAAAAGAGAGGAUGAUAGAAAACGACUGAAGAAUGCCAUAAUCAUUCAGUCCUACGUACGUGGCUACCAAGACCUGAAACGACAGUACGCCAUCCAGAGGGCCUCUUUUGACGAGUGUGUCAGCAAGACACAAGCGAGCCAGCAAGCACUGGAAGCCACCACCCUCUGCCUCUUAUCAAGACAGCUAAUCUUUUUCUACAGACAGAGUGUGGAUACACAUAGACUGAUCUGGUUGUGUCAGAACUUGGUGAAGCACAACAGUCAGUUUGUCAAGCUGCUGGUGGGGUCAAACAGACAGACAUGUAUGUUUCAGAUCAAGAGGAUACUAGGCUUCUGCUGCAGACUCCUGCAGAACUGCCCUGACGACAGUUUCAAUGUGGCAGUUCCCAUGCGGAUGCUAGAAAUCUUCUCCUCUGAGAAAAUCUACCUUCCUGUCUUGACGGAUGCAAACUCUGUGGUGGAACAGAUUUUGCACUACAUGGUACAGAAAGGUUACUACAGGUCGCUGUACGUUCUUGUGAAUCACAGACUCCCUUCGAGUUUGGAAUAUACGGACUCUCCAUCCAUCCCUCUGGCAAGCACACUCUUGGAGCACAUCCUCAAACCUCUGCACUUUAGCUACUCCUCCUGCACAGCUGGCGCAAGGGACUUUGUCUUUGGCGCCUUCACUGAGGAGUUUAUUUCUGCACCUUUCACCGAGCAGAUCUUUCACUUUUUUAUCCCGGCCCUGUCGGACCCACGUCUUGCAUUCCCGUUCGAGGCCUUCCUGAGCUCCCUUCAGGGCACAGUCACCUCCUCCCACGCCGCACAGAGCCAGGCCCCCUGGAUAUUUUACUUUGUCCUUUCUGCGGGCCAGAACUCUUUAGGCUCCCUAUCGGAGGAAGGCCUCUUGCUGUAUUUACGCGCCCUGCAGACACUCCUGCCUCUGCUGCCCGUGACUGAGACCUGCAGCAGGCCCGAGGUGAGCAGCGAUUCAGAGGACGAUGAUGAUGCGAACGUCCAUCCACCGCCCGUGAAGGAUGACAGUCGCAUCUCUGUGCAGCUGAUCACAGACGAAUGCGUGCACAAGCUGGACACCAAACAGCAGACCAACAUGCUGCUCAACCUGGUAUGGAGGGACUCGGCUAGCGAGGAGGUUUUCACCAUGAUGGCCUCCAUCUGUCACACGCUCAUGGUGCAGCAUCGUCUCUUGGUUCCUAAAGUCAGACUUCUCUACAGUUUAGCUUUCAACGCACGUUUCCUGCGGCAUCUCUGGCACCUGAUCACGUCCAUGACAACCAAAAUGAUCACCGGCUCCAUGGUUCCACUGCUGCAGCUGAUCUCCAGAGGGUCCCCUAUGUCGUAUGAGGACUCCAAUCGCAUCAUUCCUCUCUUCUACCUCUUCAGCUCCCUCUUCAGCCACUCCCUUAUCUCUGUGCAUGAUAGCGAGUUUUUUGGCCAUGAAAUGGAAGGUCAGACGCAGUCCUCCAUGAUGCCCUUCACUCUGUCUGAGCUGGUGACUCUGUCUCGCUGCUUGAGGGAUGCGUGCUUGGGCAUCAUCAAGCUGGCCUACCCCGAGACCAAAACGGAGCAUCGCGAGGAGUACAUGGCGGCUUUCCGCAGCGUGGGCGUCAAGACUAACACUGAAGUUCAGCAGCGCAUUCAGGCCGAGCAGAAACGUUGGGUACAGCUCUUUAAGGUCAUCACUAACUUGGUGAAAAUGCUGAAAGCUCGUGACAUCAGACGACCCUUCUGUCCAGCAGGGCACUGGCUGUCCGAAGAAGUCAACAUCCGGGCAGAUAAGGUCACCCAACUCUACGUGCCAUCAGCCAGACACGUGUGGCGAACGAGAAGGAUGGGCAGGAUUGGACCACUUCAGUCAACACUGGAUGUGGGCUCGGAGCCUCCUCAGCUGUCUGUGUCGGAGGAGAGACAUCUGGCCAUCCUCACUGAGCUCCCAUUUGUUGUUCCCUUUGAAGAGCGAGUCAAGAUCUUCCAGAGGUUAAUCUAUGCCGACAAAAGGGACGUGCAGGGAGACGGGCCUUUCCCAAACGGCAUCAUCGUCACCAUCAGACGCAACUACAUCUACGAAGACGCCUACGACAAACUCUCUCCAGAAAACGAACCAGACUUGAAGAAAAGAAUCCGGGUCCACCUCCUGAAUGCUCACGGUCUGGAUGAGGCCGGCAUUGACGGCGGUGGUAUCUUCCGGGAGUUCCUCAAUGAGCUCCUGAAGUCGGGCUUCAACCCCAACCAGGGUGUCUUUAAGACCACCAACGAGGGUCUGCUGUAUCCCAACCCUGCCGCCGAGAUGCUGGUGGGAGAAUCCUUCACGAGACACUACUACUUCCUGGGCAGGAUCCUGGGAAAGGCUCUGUACGAGAACAUGCUGGUGGAGUUGCCCUUUGCCAGUUUCUUCCUGUCCAAGCUUCUGGGAACCAGCGCGGACGUAGACAUCCACCACCUGGCAUCGCUGGACCCCGAGAUGUACCGCAACCUUCUCUUUCUCAAGAGCUACGAGGACGACGUGGAGGAGCUGGGCCUCAACUUCACCGUGGUCAACAAUGAUCUUGGAGAGGCUCAGGUGGUGGAGCUGAAGGCAGGGGGCAAAGACAUACCCGUGACCACGGCCAACCGCAUCGCGUACAUCCACCUUGUGGCCGACUACCGCCUCAACAAGCAGAUCCGACCACACUGCCUGGCCUUCAGGCAGGGGCUGGCCAACGUGGUCAACCUGGAAUGGCUGCGCAUGUUCGACCAGCAGGAGAUCCAGGUGCUCAUAUCUGGCGCGCACGUCCCCAUAUGUCUCGAUGACCUGAAAAAGUUCACAAACUACUCAGGUGGUUACUCGUCCACGCAUCCCGUCAUCCAAAUAUUUUGGGAAGUGGUGGAAGGCUUCACAGAUGAGGAGAAGCGCAAGCUGCUCAAGUUUGUCACCAGCUGCUCCAGACCUCCUCUGCUGGGCUUCAAGGAGCUGUACCCGGCCUUCUGCAUCCACAACGGCGGCAACGACCUGGACCGCCUGCCCACGGCCAGCACCUGCAUGAACCUACUCAAGCUGCCAGAGUUUUACAGCCAGCAGCAGAUGAGGAACAAGCUGCUCUACGCCAUCGAGUCCUCGGCCGGAUUCGAGCUCAGCUGAAAGGACUCAAAUUGGCGAAAAGAAAGACUUGGCAAAAAAAGAACAUGCACUGAACUUACUCUUUUUGCCCGUAUGACUGAGAGUGAGUGUGAGGGGACAAGCACCCACCCCCCAACGCCUUUUAAUCUUUUGCUUUUAGCUAAGGUAAAGUGAUGAAACAAAGCAAGUUAGUGCUGGUGUGUUUUUUUUCACCAAAGAUGACGUGGCAUCAAACAGUACACAAUCGUAUAAAAAGGCAAUACAAGGACAAGAGGGACUGUGAAGUGUAAUUCUUCAAAUAUUAGUAAAGCUCAUGUUGUGUAAUGUGUGCAUUUAGCAGGGUCUGAUAGGAUGGAUAUGUGAAUAUGUACAUGUUCUCUUGUAUUAUUCAGUAUUUGUACAGUUUCCUUCCUGUGCGUGUGUGUGUGUGCGCGCGUAUAUGUCACAUGGUUGAAGCUUACUAUUGUUCAAUGUACCAACAAAAAAAAGAGCGUAUGGAAAUGAAUAAAGCCACUUUUCUUUUUUGCACAA